AUGUCUAAUGUAACAUACGACGAACUCUGGAGAGACGCGCAAUGUUCUUUAGACGAGAUAAUCCAAGCGGAUUCAAAUCUCCAGAACUCGAAGCCCCAAAAGGACCGGAAAAAGGUCCAUCGAAAUGUCUCAGAGCUCUACAUCCGGUACAUAGUGAUAUGCAAUAAAUUGGAGCAAUGCUACGACCAAGUGACCCAGCCCCAGAAGCGCUCCUUAAUCCGAAAAUUGUUGGAUGCAACGCUGGGUCGAAUUCUCGAGUUGAAACAUGAACUCGUCGAAGUCGAUCUGUCAGAGUACAAUUACUGCGAUGACAUUCUCAUGAAAUAUGGAAUACUACCGCAGGAGGCUGAGCUGAGGAUACCAACUUACAUCAGACGCGAGAGAGAGACGGAAAUACAAGAGCGACGAACAUUUAUCAGUGACGUACUGCGUACAGUAGGUGCACUUGAUGAAAUUAUUCAACCAAAGACGUUGAGUGAAUUCGAAGCAAUACGACUCAUCCAGACACAUGAGCGAGCACGCCAAGGUCGCGUGAGGUUCCAAUUUAUGAAAGAAAUUCGAGAGAUGAAAGAGAGAUCGACAAUCAAACCGGACGUUGAACCGAGUGACCCCGUAAAGGAAAUAACCGCAACAAUGAGAAUACAAAAGGUCUGGAGGGGCUACAUAACGCGUCAAAGAAUGAGAAAACGGCGAAUUGAGGAGAUGCUGUUGAUAGGAAUGGUCCAACCGAGUCAAGUGGUGUCCGAGAAUUUUCGUCAGGCCGAGCGGAUAAAAUGUCAUCGGUAUGAAAAACAGGUGGAGUACCAGGAGAUGUACGAGAAAAUGUUGGUGGAAACUAAGGAGUUCGUGAAGAACGAGAAGAGUGCGAUAAUGGAGGAGACUAUGAGGAUCGAACUGAGGAGUUGGAUCAAUGAUUACUUCCAACAAACGGGCAAGAUACCUGAGCUGCCAUCCGCGGAGAGCGGAGGCUCGAGAAUGAUCCUGAGUCGGCAGGGAACGGAGAGUUCAUUGAGUAAAUCAAAGGAGUCCUCUUCCUCAAAAGAAUCGAAAAAAUCUAAAAAAUCGAAAGCUAAGAAGGAGAGUGAUACUGAUAAGUCCGAGGAUGACGAAUCAGAUCCAGGAAUAAAGCCAGUCCCCUCGAAUUUCCUUCCCGAGUUGAUUCAAGCGAAUCUCGAGUAUCAGGACGUUUGGAGAGGCAAGGAUGAGUCAGGAAACCCCUGGCAAUUGCCCUACAGCGACAUGGUUCUCUCCGAAAAAACUCGAGAGGUCGAGGAGGAAGUGAGAGUUGGUGUGGACAACAUCAUCAGAGAUGAUAUAGAAGCACUUCAAGCUGCUUUGGAUCGUGAUAAGGGUCACAAGGGUAAACGAGCUAAGAAAGCCCAAAAACGUGUACGCAGAAGUGGUAAGAAGAAUAAAAGAAAGAAGGAAAAAGACUUGACUCCUGAUCGCACGACUGAAUCCUUAUUCGAGGAGUUACUUACCAACGGGAUCAUCAAGCUUGUUCCGGAGAUUUAUCUGAAUUCCUUCAAGGGGGAAAAAUCUUACGCCAAUUUUGAACUCUGGGACAAGGGAAAGGACAAUCUGCCGACAAUUGGCGAAAUACGACAGCUAGUAUCUGAAUACUGCAUCCUCCCCCUUGCAACUGAAAACGUACGCCUCCUGUCUCCGGUAGUGCGUUCAGUCCUGAUAGCAGGACCAAAUGCAAGUGGUAAGAAAAUGUUGGUCCGCUCAGUCUGCACUGAACUGGGUGCAACUCUCUUCGACAUAACACCAGCCAACAUUGCUGGUAAAUAUCCAGGAAAAUCGGGACUAAUCAUGUUGUUGCAUUUAAUCUCGAAGGUAUCACGGCUACUCCAGCCAUCAGUGAUAUUCAUGGAUGGGGCUGAGAAGCCGUUCGUUAAAAAAGUCCCCAAGACCGAUAAAACCGAUCCUAAAAGAUUGAAGAAAGAUUUACCAAAGUUAGUUAAAAGUUUUACAAACGAGGAUCGCGUUAUUCUAAUUGGCACAACGAGUUCACCCUGGGAUGGGGAUCAGAAGCUGCUUUAUCAAACGUAUGACAAAGUUAUUUACAUACCCCGACCCGAUUAUGGCACCAUGUCAAUGCUGUGGAAGGAUUUGCUUUACAAAUACGCCGGAAUCAGCAGACAAUUUGAUACGUCAGCAAUGACCAAGAUCUGCGAUGGUUUCACUCUAGGACGUGUUAUCGAAUCUAUUAAUGAGGUCAUGACGACUAAGAGGAUGGUGCAGCUUAGAGUUCAGCCUUUGACACAUGCUGAAUUGGUUAAUGCGUUGAGUGCUAGGGAUCCGGUGUAUAAGGAAGAGGAAGAAGCUUUCCUGGCGUGGUUUUCGAAAACUCCUACCUGUAGGAAGAAACAGAAAGCGAUUGAGCUGGAGCUCCAGAAGAUGGAGGAGGCGAAUGAGAAGCAGAAGAAGAAAGGGAAGAAAUAA